UGGGAUGUUGUAGGACUGGUGUACUGUACUGUACGCCAUCUUCUGUUCUGUAAUCAGCUGUUGUUCUUGUUGUUAGUACAGCAGCUAGCCCCCUGCUUGUCACCUGUAAUAUAGGAUAAACAUGGGACGAAAAAAGAAAAAGCAGAUGAAGCCGUGGUGCUGGUAUUGUAACAGAGAUUUUGAUGAUGAAAAGAUUCUCAUACAACACCAGAAGGCCAAACACUUCAAGUGUCACAUAUGUCACAAGAAACUCUAUACUGGACCAGGGUUAGCCAUUCACUGUAUGCAGGUACACAAAGAAACAAUUGAUGGAGUCCCCAAUGCCAUACCUGGAAGGACAGACAUUGAGCUGGAGAUCUAUGGCAUGGAGGGUAUCCCAGAAAAAGACAUGGAGGAGAGAAGAAGAGUCCUUGAACAGAAAACCCAAGAGAGUCAGAAGAAGAAGCAGAACCAGGAUGACUCUGAUGAGUACGAGGAGGAUGAAGAACCUGGCCCCUCCUUCCAGCAGCCAGCCGCCCAGCCCCAGACAGGAUACAUCCCACCUGUGACCCAGCCUGGCAUGCCCCCGGUCCACACUGCUCCAGGGAUGCCCCCUGGCAGCUACUCAGGAAUGCCCCCAAUGAUGCCAGGUGUGCCACCUAUGAUGCCAGGGAUGCCCCCUGUUAUGCCAGGCAUGCCACCAGGGAUGAUGCCAAUGGGUAGAAUGAUGCCUCCAGGUCCAGGAAUGCCCCCAAUGAUGCCAGGCAUGCCACCAGGCAUGCCACCUCCGGUGGGGCACCGCCCAGGAAUGCCCCACAUGCCCCAGGGCCCCCCCACCACAGGCAUGCUGAACAGACCUGCCAUGCCAGCUGCCUCUGCCCCCCCCGCCCAGCCUGCCGUCACCAAACCCCUGUUCCCCAGCGCAGGACAGAUGGGAACACACGUUCAGAGCACAGCAAGUACAAGCACAGGCCUGUCGAGUGCAGACUCUCAGUCUGCCUCCUCCAAAGCUACAUUCCCUAGCUCUGCGCAAAGUCAGCAGGCCGUUCCAGGGUCUGACUUUAAGCUCCACAGUGGCCCCGCCACCCCCUCUGAGCCCUCCAAGCCCACUUUCCCAGCCUAUACUCAGGCCUCUGCCACGGUGGGCAGCCCCAGCCCUGGAGGCAUCGUCUCCAAACCCCCCUCUACAGUGACCAGUAAGCCUGCCACCCUCACCACCAGCAGUGCCACCAGUAAGUUGAUCCACCCCGAUGAGGAUAUCUCACUGGAAGAGUUGAGAGCCCAGCUGCCACGGUACCAGCGUAACAUCCCCCAGCCAGGCCACGUCUCCCCCCCGGGAGGACCCAUGAUGAUCCCCCAACAGCCGGGCCUGAGACACCACAUGCAUGGCCAGUACGGAGGCCCACCCCGGGGAAUGCCAGGUUACAUGCCAGGAGGCAUGCCCCCGUAUGGGCAGGGCCCCCCCAUGGUGCCCCCUUACCCAGGAGCCCCCCUACGGCCCCCAAUGGGCAUGAGGCCCCCCGUCAUGUCCCCUGGAGGCCGCUUCUGAAGCCCACUCAACACACCGCUCUAGGUUUGGACAUUCAACCCUUUUCUCAUGUCCCGUUCUGCUUCUAGCCAAAACCAGUAAUGGUAAACACACAUUCUACCUGGUCUAUGAAGAAGAGACAUACAUGAAAAAAAGCAAACAGAACAACAACAAAAAACACAUUGCAUGGGACUUAUUAUUUAUACCGUAAGUUAACCUGCCUAGACUAUGAACUGUUGCAAAUCACUCUCUUCUGUGGCUUUUUCUUCUCAUGUUCCAUUUAGGUGUGUAGAAGUAUAGUAGAUAUGGUUCGUAUUAUAUUGAAGGCCCUGGAGUUACAUGAGCAGUACCCAUCUAUAUCAAGGCAAGUUUACGUAAAAUACAUUACACUGUUUGCAUUAGAAUCAGUGAGGCCUUCACAGCACACAUAGGUGCUGUUGGACUUUGCGUCCCCAACAUUGUUUGGUGAGGGCUUCAGAUGGCGUUCUAUUAAUUCACUGUGUUCAUGUAGGCUAUGUUUUCUCUCUGACCUCCAUCUUGAAUGCUACUUUAACCCUACAUAUAAAGUAACCCUAUAGGCUCAUGUGAACGGGUUCAUGUAAUGUUAUGAAAUUGUAUUGGAAUAAAAUGUGCAGAAACCUUAUGACUCUUCAUUUGUGACCGGAGAAAGGUUUGUACCCACAAGGUUUGUACUCUGAUAGUGGAUAUCACUCAACGUUUAAUCAUUUGAUGUAUUAUGAACGGUCUUCAUACCUUCUCAACUAAACUGAAGUCAUGCACCUGUGUAAAACAUUGACCCUGUUUCUGCUGAUGAUCUUUGAAUGAUAAUCUAUUAUAGCAUUUCAGUCGGUGCAACAUCAGUCAUGCACUCCCCUGAACAAUCUCGGCUUUUUCCAACGGACUGUUAAGCACUCAGAGGACAUUCUAGUGUAUUGUAAUGAGUGCUUCCGGGUGGCACUGGCUGUCCUGCUAAACCAAGGAUUUCUCUUCUCCCUGUAGCAAUGCCCUGGGUGGGGGACUGUCUGAGGCCCUGCCUCAGUGUAGCCCUGGUUCAGCCUGAGGCAAGUCUCACUGUUUUCUGUCUUCUCAUGUACACCAGGGGCCCUCACAGCUUACUGGCUGUUGGAUCUUCAUGUCCCCAAACUUGCAGCAAGUUUGGUGAAGGCCCUUGUUCUGUUCAGUGAGGCAACACACACUGCUCAGGCACAGCAGACUGGCAGAAAUUUGAAUAAGAAUUCAUACUUGUAAUUUACUAUUGAACCAGUAGAUUUGGCUCUAAACUAUGAUUUCUGUUAGAUCUUCUAGUAGCUCUUACUUAUGAAGACUACUGACCAAUGGCUGCCAGAACCGUGAAACAACUUGGUUUGCACCAAUUAAUCCUGUUUGUUCCAUCAGCUAUCUUCAGUCCUCAGUUUCUUCAUUUGGUUUUAACUUCUAGUGAAGGAGAAUCCCCUCCAGUUACAGGUUAGUUAAAGCUGUAAGUACCAGACACAGUGUUUCCUUAGAUGUGUGUGUGUGCAUGUGUGCAAGAGAGACAACAUUCAGGUGACAUUCAUCUGAAUGUUGAUCUUUUUCAGCUCACUAUAUGUGUGAUGUGGACUGGUACAGUGCCUUUGGAAACACUUCAGGCCCCUUCACUUUCCAGUUUAUUGUGUUAAAACUUAAAAUUGAUUCUUUUUGGUUUGCCAUUACUCUACACACCAUAAUGACAAAUUGACCAAAUGUUUUAAAUACAUUUUUGCUCAUUUAUUUGAAAAGUUUGUAAUGUUUCAUUCACAGAAGUGUGAAGACCCUUUGCUAUUACUCUAAUUACUUUACCUGUAGAAAAGCAACAGUGUUAUUUGCAAUGUAGUUGUACAGUGUGUCGGAUGACUUUCCUAAAUUCCAUCCUAUAUUAUGUAUUGGAUACAUUUGAUGAAAUGGUGUAUACACAAAAUAUCAUAUAUUGCACUAAAUAAAUACUUUCAACAU